CUUCCUCCAAAAACCGAAGCGGAAGAUAGCGUGAAGCUGAUUAUCUGGACCGUCUGUCACGUCUCUGAUCGAAGCAGAACCGGGUCCUCAAACCGACCCGGUGGCUCUCUGCACGGCAGGGACCGGACCUGCAGCCGGCAGCUCACCCGAGCGGGACGCCGUUCAGCUAAUGACCGGGAGCAGCCGGAGCGACCCGUGAACUCAGCCAACAAUAGAUCGAGAGGAAGCUAGCAGCGAAGUUCGGAUGAGGAGCGUAACCAGAGCCUCGCACGAGCUGCCAAAAUGGAUUUCAGUACCGUUAUCUGCCCUGCUCGCGUUCACGACUCUCCAGGGAAGGAAAGCAACAGCUCUGAAGAAUUCGUCCCUCUGUCAACGUUACUGUCAGGCGGAAAUGGAAAAAAGUCUCGUGGCAACACUCGCAGCCUGAACUCAAACUCUGAAGCUUUGGAGGAUAACUCAGCUGAUGAGCCGCCAGCAAAGAUGAGACCAGCUUUUGUGCAACUUAAGAAGAUGACCGAAAAGAAACCACCCAAAUCCAAUGGCACGAAUAAAAAAGCAGAGAUGUCGGAUGAAGAGGGAAGUUCGGACGAUGAACCUCUAGCAGCUAUGAAGAGGAAGAAUGAGUCUUCAGCAAACAAGAGAAAGACGACACCAAAACGUACAAAAGGUACUCUGAAAAAGUCUCCAGAUUCAGACAACAGCUCAGAUGAUGAACCUCUGAGUAAAACCGCCAAAAAAGCACAGUCACAACAAAAGAGAAAGAAAUCCGACUUGGCGUCUGAAAAACCAACUCCGUCCGUCAAAUCCAGGAGGACUUCAGCGAUGAAUAAAGUUAACUAUCUUGAGACAUUCAGUGACAGCUCAGAUGAUGAAUCGCUGGCGUCCAAAAAGACCAAGAAUAUCCCUAAAGAGGAAAAGGCUUCGGGAGACAAGAAGACGGCCACAAAACCAGAGUCUUCAGAUGAACAUGCCGACUCGGAGGAUGAACCGCUGGCAGCAACAGAGAAUGCAGAUGUUGCUACAAAGGAGAAACGGACAGACCGGUUACUGGAAAAAUCUUCAGACGAAGACGGCGGCUCAGACGAUGAACCGCUGGCGGCGAAAAAGAAGAAGAUGGCGGCAAAUGUUUCAAAAAAGAAAAAUGCAUCACCAGCCAAGAAAGCUGCGAAAAGCAAAGCAACAAAACAGACUUCAGAUGAAGAGAAAAACUCAGAUGAUGAACCGCUGGAUGAAAAAAAGAACGACUCUGCGACAGAAGGUGAGAGCUCAGACGACAAGAGAAAGAAGAAUACUAAUGUGUCCAAAAAGCAGAACCCUUCAGCAAGUAAGAGAAGGACAAAUACGCGCACUGGGAAAUCACAGAAAGUUGACCCUGUUGAGAGAUCCAGCGGCAGCUCAGACGAUGAACCGCUGGCUUCAGUCAAACAGAAGAAGACGACGAAUGUUCCUAAAGGACGAAAGACUUCCAACAGGAAAAAAGCAACAAAUAAAAAGUCUUCAGACAUGGACGAAAGCUCAGAGGGUGAAAAGAAGGCAAAUCUUCCUGAAGAGCAAAACGAAACCCCAACAAAACAACAGUCUUCCAAUGAAGAGGAGAACUCAGACGAUGAACCGCUGUCGAAAAAUACGAAGAACACAAAAGCGCAAAACUCUUCAGUAAACAAGAAAACAGCAACAAACAAAGACUCUUCAGACGAAGAUGGCGGCUCAGACGAUGAACCGCUGGCGGCAAAGAAGAAGAAGAUGGCGGCAAAUGUUUCAAAAAAGAAAACUGCAUCACCAGCCAAGAAAGCUGCGAAAAGCAAUGCCUCAACAAAAUCUUCGGAGGAAGACGGCAGCUCAGACGAUGAACCGCUUUCAGCUAAAAAGAAAAAUGCAUCACCAGCCAAGAAAACUGCAAAAGAAUCUUCACACGAAGACGGCAGCUCAGAUUAUGAACCGCUGGCGGCAAAAAAGAAGAAGAUGGCGGCAAAGGUUUCAAAAAAGAAAAAUGCAUCACCAGCCAAGAAAACUGCGAAAAGCAAAGCAACAAAACAAUCUUCAGAGGAAGACGGCAGCUCAGAUUAUGAACCACUGGCUGCAAAAAAGAAGAAGAUGGCGGCAAAUGCUUCAAUAAAGAAAAAUGCCUCAUCAGCCAAGAAAACCCCCAAAAGCAAAGCAACAAUACAAUCUUCAGAUGAAGAGAGAAGUUCAGACGAUGAACCGCUGGCUGCGAAAAAGAAGAAUUCAAAAGUUUCUAAAUCGCAAAAGUCGUCAAACAAGGAGACAAGAGCAAACAAACGUACAGAAAAAUCACAGAAAGUCAACUAUGUGGAGAGUUUCAGCGACAGCUCAGACGAUGAGCCGCUGGCUUCAAUCCAGAAGAAGAAGAAGACAAAUGUUCCUAAAGGACGAAAGACGUCAACAACAAGGAAAGGAGCCAAUAAACCGUCUCAGGAUGGAAACAGCAGCUCGGACGACGAACCGCUGAGUAAAACGGUCACGAAGCCACGGUCCCGACCAAAGCAGAAGCCGUCCGCCGUGACGUCUGAAAGCACAGUUCUCAAAUCCAGGAGGACGGCGGCGAUGUUCAGAGUCAGGUAUGUUGACACUUCCAGCCACAGCUCAGACAUCGAGCCGUCGUCCUCAGUGAGGAAACGAAGGGCUUCAAGAAAGAAGAACACAACUACAAGUAAAAACAAAUUACAGAAAGAUCCUUCAGGCAGCAGCUCAGAUGACGAGGCCUUAAUCAUAGCCAAACACCCACAAGUGACCAAGGUGGUGAAGGUCAUGGUGGAGAGGUGCAGCAUUGAAGACAUUAAAGCCGCCACCGCCGCGCGGCAGAAUCCGACCAGAACAGAAGAAACAACUGCUGAGACGCCUGACGGAGAUGAUGUGAAGAGUCCAGAGGAAGUCCCGGAAGAAGAAGCAAAUUGAACUAACUGCUGACAACAUACCUGUUUGUAAUCCUGUUAAAUGUAUUCUUCUUUUAUACAUUAAUUACCUCCGCCAAGGAGGUUAUGGAAUCACUUCGGUUUGUUGGUUUGUUUGUUAGCAACAUUACGGAAAAAGUAAUGGACGGAUUGCAAUGAAACUUUAUGGAAAGGUGGGUCUUGGGCUAACU